AAUUAUACAACAAAUAUAUGAUGCGCGGUAUGUAUGAUAAUUAUAUAGCAUAAUUGAUAUUAUUAAUUUUUGUUUUUUAUAUUUUCUUUAUCAUCUCGCACUAUGAGUGAGCAUAUAGUGAUAUUGAGAUGCGAGUUGACUUUUUUCAUCAAUUAUUCAUAUUUUAAGGUGAACUUAAUUGGUUUGUACAUUCCAUUAUAGGAUCGAGUUUUAUAAAAUUAUUAAUCCUACGAUAUGAUUAUUAAUGAUAAUGAUCCAACGGUUGACUACACUUCCGCAUCAUUCGAUUUUGAUCUCUUAUUUAUAAAGGAUAAUUGUAACCUUGAAUUUAUUGAAAAAAAAAAAAAAAAAGAAAAAGAAAAAACGAACAAAAGGGAUGAGAUCAUAGAAUUCUCUUGCAAAGGACGCAGAGUUAUUCAGACACGAAUGCAUCAUACCCAUUUUCGUAAUUGAUUACACACGAAAAGAAAAUAAGGAGGAAAAAAGAAUGGCGGUGUAAUUAACGUCGUAUGAAUGAUCCCCGUGAUAGAAAUAAACGAUCAGUUGCCAGGCAGCUGGUCGAAGCGAAUUAUAUGUACAUACAUUCACACCACAGAUUCAUCCACCACAUACAUAUAAUUAUAUAUUUAUAAUCAGUCGAGCCUCUUGAAUUACCAUUAGAAGAAGCGGCAGAAGCGGCAGCAUCUAAUUACGUAUAGAUAUACAUGUAUAACGUAAUACCCGUUACGCGACGAUCGUUUGCGAUUUAAUGCUAUCGAUCUGUACGUAAUAGGUACGUACGUACGUACGUACGUACAGAUGCUAUGCGUACAUAGAUCCGUAAUCGAAUGCAGGAAACGUAUAACCACGCCUAUUUCAACCUGCAAACACCUGCAGCACUAUCGGACGUCGGAGCAUAUAAAUUAUUGACAUCCAUAUCCUGCAGCAUAAAAUAUCGUACACCCUGACUCCGUGAUAUUAGAGGUACUCGCAUGGUCGUUUUGGUUUUCUUUUUUUUUUUUUCGUUUUCAGAACAAGUUCACAUGUUCAAUUUAAUACGUUACCUACCCAUCCGCAAUGAAGAGCCAUCGGAAACAGGAAUUAAUUAAUACCGAUAUAAUUACAAAAAUUUUGAUCAAUGACCGAUCGAGAGAAUUUUAUCAGAUUCCAAUGUUAUUUAUAUAGUCAUUCGUAUUUUUCUUCUCUAUGAGUAGAAUCAACAUUUAUAUUUUAAUUUAUAAAGGUUUUUUCAAAUUGUAGGACAGAUUAUCCAUCUGCACCGAUCGGGGCUCGUAAUUAUUGAAAGAAACAUCGCAGAUAUUUUCUCUGUACAUAACAGUCAAUACAAAUAAUGUGCAUUGAAUGCGCAACGUUAUCUGCAGCAAUCCAGGUCUUCUGACUCCUAUUAUUUUGUAUCGUUCAAUAAUUCAAUAAUUACUUUAGAAUAAAAGAUAUCCCAUCGCGCGGAUAUCGGGAGGAAUUAUAGCUGGCGAAUCGAUAGGUAGCGAUCAUAUCGUGUGAAAUUAUUCGACAAGGCAACGAUCGCAACGUAUUUGUAAAUAUAAGGCUCAUUUGAAUUUUAGUACAGGUUUAACACAGAUGAAGGAAUACCGAAUCAAAAUAUUAAGUUUUUUUUUUUCAUAUACAUAGAUUAUUUUUUUCCUCCCUACUUUUGGUUUCUGUUACAGAAUCGUAUAAUAUACAUCGCGAUGUGAUUAUACAGACAAUUAUCUACGAGCAGUUCUUCUCUAACCAUCGCUGAGAACGGUCUGUCAAAUUAUUCAACUUCCCGAAUAUAUUGUUGCACAAUACAUACAUACCGCGCCUGAUUAGAACUUCCGAUUGAUAAUGAGUGUGCAGGUCACUGUGGUUUGCUCUUGUAACGCGAGUAAACUUCGUCAAAAUACGGACGCGAAUUAAAUCGGACGAAAUUUUGAAUUUAACAUGAUAUUUUCAAAUUAUUCACUAUAGGUACGAUUUUUGUGUUUUAAUUUUUAAAACAGUGCCAUUUUUCUGAUCGCGUUACAAUAUUUCCAUAACGUAGAAAACCGAAUCAGCUGAUCCAAUCAAUCUGUGUCUAUGAAAAGUAGUCGAGUUAUCGCUAAUUAUUCCCUCGAGAAAAGUGAAAACGAUUAGGAGUCUUGAUGAAUUUAUUACAGUCUGGACUAAUUAACUCGGAGGUCGAAAUGUAUUAGGAAUCGAUCGUUCAAACGAUUCAACAAAUGUUUAAUUUUCGACCUGAGAAAUCUCAAGAAUCCAGACUACUGUGGAUUCAAUGAUAACUCAUACACACACUAAUAACAGUCCUCACGUCUCCCAUUACUCUAUAAGAAUUUUUCUUGUUUCAAAAAUAUUUGUGCUCCUUUGAUUUUGAUUCUUUCAAUUUCCACAUUUUUUUUUUUAAGAAAAUAGGGCUCAAUCGUUAUCUGUUUUUCUUUAGUUUGAACAGAACAUGAGAAAAAUAAUUGCCACGAAAUUUGGCGGGUAAGAAAAUACCAGUUAAAAACAUUGUUAUUCGAUAUUGGAAAUCGCUUUAUUUUAUAUCCGUACGGUGCAUCAUGAAGAAUAUUUACGUUCUACUGAAAAUCAUCGCACUUUUUCAUAUCGUCGCUGCAGCAUCGACCAACGAAGCAUUUUUCCGAACGUACAGAUGCCACGAUAGAAGAUGUCACAGAAAUUUUCGUCCGUCAAAAAAUGUUCCCAACCGAGUAUUUCCAUCGUCGAUGAAAAAUUUCGAACACUCGACAAUGGCGGCUUGCAGACUUUCUUGCGAUUCUUACGCUGGUAUUUGGCCGUUACCGGUGGGGCGAGUUGUUCUCAGUCAAAAAUACGCGAAAAUCGAUCCCUCGCAAUUUGUAUUUCGAACAUCGUCGUCGGUUUCCCAAGAAGCACAAGAUUUCAUCAACGAAAUGACCGCCAUUUUUUUAUCCAAUCUCGAAAAAUCUUUUGAUAAUAAUUCUACCGAAGAAUUAUACGGGAACAGCAGAAAUAACUAUAUAAACGUGAUAUUUAAUAUCAAUUCCUCGGACCUCACCCUGAACUGGCUCACAGAAGAAUCAUAUUCCCUCCAACUGCUUUUGGAAGAUGAAGGCGAAGGGGGUGGGUUGGUUGAAAUAUCGGCGCGGACAGUUUACGGCGCGAGACAUGCACUCGAAACAUUGCUGCAGCUAACUGCCCCGAUAAUAAAAGAAGGAGGUCAUAACGGUUUGGUGAUUUUAACGGCAGCAAAUAUCACCGAUCGACCAACUUACGCCCACAGAGGACUCAGUUUGGACACUGCGAGAAAUUUUAUUCCCGUCAAAGAUAUUCUGAGGACCAUUGACGGUCUUUCGUCCUGCAAAAUGAACAUCUUUCAUUGGCACGCUACCGACUCGCAGAGUUUUCCACUUGAGAUUAAAAGGGUCCCGUACAUGGCGGCAUUCGGUGCUUAUAGUCCCGAAGAAAUUUACACCACUGAAGAUAUCAAGUCGAUAAUAAGCUACGCGAAGGCUAGAGGUGUUCGGGUGAUCAUUGAACUGGAUAUACCAUCGCACAGUGGUGCUGGUUGGGAAUGGGGAGAGGAAGCUGGGUUCGGAAAACUUGCGGUUUGCGUCGGAGCGCAACCCUGGAGAAAAUCUUGCAUCCAACCGCCAUGCGGACAGCUAAAUCCCGUCAAUCCAUAUGUGUACGAUAUCCUAAGGAAUAUCUAUAAGGAGCUCAUAGAAAUCUGGGGAAAUCACGAGGUCUUUCACAUGGGGGGAGACGAGGUUUACAUCCCCUGCUGGAAUUCCACAAAGGAAAUAACAGACGCCAUGACAGUUAAAGGGUUGAAAAGAAGGACGGAAGAUUUUCUCAAAGUUUGGUCCGAAUUUCAAAAAACUGUAUUGAAAAUCGUUGACGAGGAGAGAGGGACGGCGUCAAAUCUUAAUGUCAGUGCGAUAAUGUGGAGCUCUUAUCUGACCAAUCCAGCGGUAAUCGAACAAUAUUUGGAUAAGGAUAGGUAUGUUAUACACACCUGGGUCGAAUCAGGAUCCCCUAUUCCAGAUGAAUUACUCGAUUUGGGGUACCGACUUAUUAUAAGCACAAAAAACGCCUGGUAUCUCGACCACGGAGUCUGGGGGCAGACCAAAUAUCACACUUGGAGGGACGUCUACCUCAAUCAAAUAUCGAGAAAGUCCGGAGUCUUGGGCGGCGAGGUUGCGAUGUGGGCUGAAUACAUCGACGGCGGAGCUUUGGACUCGAGAGUUUGGCCACGAACUGCGGCAGCUGCGGAACGACUUUGGAGUGAUCCGAUUUACAGAUCAACUGCUAGUGUGGAACCUCGAUUCUAUAGCCACAGAAAUCGUUUAAUACAACGGGGAAUACGUCCCGAAGCAGUUACUCCGGAAUGGUGCGCCCAGAACGAUGGAGAGUGUCAAUGAAUUACUAUGAAGAAUUCUAUUUGAAUUUAGUUUCAGGUCCGACUGCCUUCGAAUACAAUUGCAGAUUUUCAAUGUUAUUUUUUUAUAAAUACAUGUAUCUUUUUUUAUACCGAUAUACAUAUAAAUACAUAUUCAUACAAUUUA